AUGUCGAAUAAACAUGUUAUUUUCCACCGCGGAACUCACAAACUCGAAUUAGAUAUGACUCAAUUGAACAACGGAUUGGAUUUUCCAGAAGAUACCUCGAAAAAACAGUUAAAUCACAAGAAACAGCAUGAGUAAGCCUUUUUCUUUGAAAUUUUUACAACAGAAAGUUAGUGAGAACUAUUUUGCAGGCUGUUCAAAAGAUUCGUAGAAGAUGUGACAAAAUUCGAAGAAAAAGUCAAUGAAUCAACUCGUCCAUAUUAUCAAGAAUCAACAAAUCGAAUUAUUGAUUUCUUGAGAGCUCCCAAAAAUACUCAAAAUGCUCCGAUUUCGGUUUUCAUGCAAAAUGAUGAUUUGACGACGAUUCGAACUGCAUUGGUACAGUGUAAUUUCACAGAUAUUUCGAGGUUUAUCGGGGAUUUUAGUAGGAAAUUGAAGAAUCUUGAUCGAGAAGAAGAGGAAAAUGAAGAGGAAGGUGAAAAAAUGGAAGAAGAAGAAGAAGCCGAAAUUGAAAGAAUUCAAGAGAUUGUGAUUUCAGAAAAUGAUGCAAUUCAUACAGUUAUUGAUAGAAUAUCAAAUUUGGUAAAUUUAUUUGGGUUGAAAGCGGAAGAAAAAUUUAAUAAAGCUAUAAAGAUUCUCUGAGCCCAAAAAUUUGAUUCAUGGAUUUUUCGGAUUUCAGAAAAACUCCAUUAAAAAUUAAUAAUUUCAGCCAAGUUCGAUUGGAUGUGCUUUGAUUGUUCAACAAUUCGAAUCGCUUCGAUCACAAACUCUCGAUUCAAUAAUAUCCCUUAUCUAUAGCAAUCCAUCAAUUCGAAAAAGAAUUCAUAACAUUUAUUUAAUUGUCUGCGUCUCAACAUCUUGCACAUUUUUCACAACAACUUGCUCAAUCGAUACUUUGAAUCUUCUCGAUAUUCAACAAUUCCAAUUUGCAAGACUUGAUGAGAUUUUCGAAAAUAUUAUCACAACUAACAUCAAACCUGCGAUUUUCUCUGGAAAGUUUUUGGAUUAUUUGAGAACUCGAUUUUUCUCAUGCGAUUAUUCGGUGUCUUCAUUAAUUAAGGCUGUGCAAUUUGCUUUUUUACAAAAAUAUGUUAGCGAUCCUUUUUGGAGAGAAGAUGAUUGUGAAAUGCAUACUGAAGAAUUGGAAAAUUAUUUUGAAAUGCUGAAUUUCUUCAGAAAAGAAGUUUUGAGAAAUGAAACAGAGAAAGGAAAAUUGCACAUUGAAAUACAAGCAAAUGAACAAUUUUGGAAAAAUAUCGAAGAAUCUAUGGAAUUCAGACAAUGGAAACAGUUUAUAUUUGAUGCAAAAUCAAAUGAAUCGCUGGAAAUGGUUUUGGAUAAUUUGAGACAAUUGAAUCUGGAUGAAGGAACUUUUAAAAAUUUGGAGAGACUUGUGAAAAACCUUGAGAGCUCGAGCUCAGAAGAUGUUUCACCGACAAAAUCAACGACUCCUUCGAAAACAAUGAAGUUUAGUGAACUUCGGAAAAAGAAUCAAGAAGCAUUGCAAGCCAAACAAAAUAAUCCAGUUAGAAAUGCAAAAACUGCGAUAUUCAAUUUUGUAUUUGUAAGUUUUUUGAGGGAGGAUUUCUGAGUCGAAAAAAAUGAACAACUCCUUAUAAUUUCAAAUUUUCCAGGACCUGUUCAAAAAAACACUUCAACCUUAUCCAUCCACGUGGCGAAAUGUAAUUGGCCUCGAAAAUUCUUCACAAAAUGAUUUGUUUUGUCGUGUUGGUCUUGACGCGAAUGAUGAAUUUGAUAUUGAAAAUGCUUUGCUGGAAAAUGUGACUUAUAAAAAUGAGGCGAUUUCGGUGGCUUGGAGAACUCUUUUGACACAUAAGAAUUUCAAAUGUGUUCCUUUAUUUGAUUGGGCAAAUGAUUUUGUUAAAAAGGUGAGAGGGUUAAUAAGUUAUGACGUGGCAAAGUUUAGACUGAUAAAUUGUGAAUUGAAUUGUGGUUUAAAAAUGAGUCUGAUAUGAUCUUUUUUUUUAAGUUGAGUUUGAAUUUCAGAUUUUCAAUGUUUGAAAAUAUUAAAUUUGUGAUAUUUUAAUUUAUAAAAUAUGAAUUUCAAAACUUCUGCCACGUCAUAACUUUUUUAAUUAGAUUUGUUUCGAUCUAUACGAACUGGUUUUCCCUCUAACUGUGAAUAAAAAACAUUUUUCAGUACAAAAGUGAUUCGAAAACUCGAAAAGAAGCGUUUUUCGGUGCCGCCGGACAACUAGAACACAUUGGUUUGAUUCGCGGGGGAGCCGAUAAGAAAAAUACGACUAUUAAUGUUUUGUAUCAUCCAAUUUCACAUAUUGCUCAUAUUUGA